AUGCCUUCCCUUGAAAUCAUUGCUGAGCGUGCCCCUACCGAUCUCGACGCUUUUUGCAAGAACCUUUCUGGUCUCUUCUCUCAAUGUAUUGGAAAGCCCGAGAGCUACUGCAUGGUUGUCUUUACCAAGGUCGACCGUGUCUACUUUGCCGGUGCAAGUGGUGCUGCCUUCCUUGCCAAAAUCACAUCUAUUGGCAACAUUGAUAACGACCGUAACGCCAACUUAACCAAGGUCAUUGGACAAGAGCUUGAAAAGGAACUUGGUAUCAGCCAGGAACGAGGAUACUUUUUCUUCAACAACGCUGCUGCUUCGGAUACUGGUUUCAAGGGUACUACUUUUGCCAAUUUGAUGAAGAAAUAA